AUGUCAUGGUCGGGCUAUGCUUUGACCGCUAGCGCUGCGCCUUUGUCACGCAACACUCUGUCGCCAUGGAGCUUCAGUCGUAUGCAAAGGCCUGAGCACGCUUUCAGGCUGCCAGCUCGGUUUUUUUCGUCCUCGACAACACAGCGGAAAGCGAGCAAACUUAUAGCCAUCCCGCCAUCAUCUGACAAACCACAAGAAGCGGAAAGCUCAGUCGCCCGCGGAACGCGAUACGAGCUUCUCUGCGGAGCUCUUCUCAAGCAAAUGUUUGGCAUGGAGCUGGAAAGAAGCGGUGGAGCAGGAGAUCGCGGCAUCGAUCUUCGAGGAUGGUGGCAACCCCCAUCAAUACAUCCGUCAGCGGCGGAGACUGAUUCGAGCCGGCAGAGGAGGAUUCGCAUCGUAGCACAGUGCAAGUGUCAAGACGAAGGAGGGAAGAAGAUGGGUCCUGUGCUGGUUCGCGAGAUGGAAGGAGUCAUCUUUCGAGCGUCCUCGCCUUCGCCCACAUCGACAAAGGCCAGCGGAACCGUAGAUGGAGCCACUAUCGACGUACAUAAUGCACCGUUGGCCGGCAUCCUCCUCUCCUCAUCAGGUUUCAGCAAGCAGGCUUUGCUGCAGGUACGCUCGAGCAACGUCCCCCUUGCGGCUAUGCAUGUUCUCGCUCAACCUCAAAAUCCUACAGGUGGUGUAGAAACGAUCAAUGAGCCAGCUCUGUUGGAGCGCUGCGUGUCGAUCGUAUGGAACGACCGCUUCGGGUCGCCUGCAGGUGGAUUGUUAGAAGGUGGGAUGGAAGUUCGUUGGGUCAGGUCGCUCUCACCACGGAAAGCCGCAGCGGAGGGGUCAAUGGGAAAGCCGGUGAUCUAUCGUGGCGGCAAACCGUUGCAAAAAUGA